AUGUUGAUUUGGCACGGGUAGUGACUCCACGAGAUGACUCACUUUCAGGGGAAGGUCGCUUCUGCCUUUCACUAAUUAUAACAUUUGCAUUAGACCACCCUUUCCCGGGACACUUGCUUCAUCACUAUGGAAUCCUUCUUCAUGAUAACACCAUUUCAAAACCACACAUUCCACCAGCAUGUUUCCUUCACGGGAACGGAUUUGUCAUGGAUGGUGGAGUUUCUGAAGGGCAUGGUGAAGCCCGUGGCUGCCACCGCCGUCGUGCUUCUGGCCGUGCUCUUGUCCUUUAUGCAGAAACUGGGACUCGAGGGUGAGAUGGUGUAUGCCAUGUUCAGAGCAUUUCUUCAGCUUUCUAUUAUUGGGUUUGUGUUGCAGUUCAUAUUCAACCAAGGCAACGCUGGCUGGAUCAUUCUAGCUUACCUUUUCAUGGUGUGUGUUGCUGGUUACACUGCAGGUCAACGUGCGAAACAUGUCCCUCGUGGGAAAUAUGUUGCUGGAGCUUCCAUUCUGACAGGAACUGCAGUGACCAUGUUCCUUCUAGUGUUACUAAACGUGUUCCCUUUCACCCCCAGAUACAUCAUUCCAGUAGCAGGCAUGAUGGUCGGAAAUGCCAUGACAGUAACCGGUGUCACCAUGAAAAGACUCCGCGACGACAUCAAAGCACAAAUGAACUUAGUAGAGACAGCAUUGGCACUUGGUGCGAGUCCACGACAAGCUACGUAUGAACAAGUGAAAAGGGCUUUGGUUAUAGCCCUUUCACCUGUUGUGGACAACGCCAAAACAGUGGGUUUGAUAUCGCUGCCUGGGGCUAUGACUGGUCUUAUUAUGGGAGGGGCUUCGCCACUUGAAGCCAUUCAGCUACAGAUUGUGGUGAUGAAUAUGUUGAUAGGUGCGUCCACUAUCAGCAGCAUAAUGUCCACGUAUCUAUGCUGGCCAGCGUUCUUCACCAAAGCCUACCAAUUAGAGACCCAAGUUUUCUCAAAGUGAAUCUAAAUCUGCGUGAAAAUCACCAGAACAAAAGCUUGAGGAAUGACAUUAUCUUUACUUUUAUUCUGUCUCUCAUUUCUUGGCUUGUUGCUUUUAAAAGAGCCAAUAGCCCAAAAGGCUAGCUAGCAGCACCUCUGCUACUAAAGUGUUGCUAAAGACUUCAGUGUUUCUUUUCAACUCCAAUUGUAUAUGUCCAUUUUUUUUAAAUUAUUAUUAUUACUUAA